AUGGCCGUCAUCUCAGAAGCAUUGAUCUCAGCCUGGUCACAUCUACCAGCAAUCCUUGUCACCCUUGCUCUAUUUCACUUCACGCGCAAUUAUCUCAAACCAGGAGUAGCAUCAAUCCCCGGACCAUUACUGGCCAAGAUUACGAAUCUUUGGAGGUUUAUCGAUGUCGCCAAUGGUCACGCAGAAGUGACACUUUACAACCUUCACCAAAAACACGGGGACUAUGUUCGAAUAGGACCCAACGUGGUCAGUGUGCGGAAUUUGGAUGCCUUGAAAACGAUAUAUGGGAUUAAUAAGGGAUAUCAGAAAACAAAUUUCUAUUGUGUUCAGCAGCAGCUUGCCAAAGGCAGACCGACGCCUACGCUAUUUACCACAACCGAUGAAAAUUUCCAUGCUGCUAUUAAGAGGCCUGUCUCAUCAGCUUACUCAAUGAGUACUCUGACCGAGUUUGAGCCUUUUGUGGAUAAGACUAUCCAUACUUUAUUUGGGAAGUUGGAUGAGUUUGUAGCUGAAGCAAAAGUCUGCGAUAUUGCUGCUUGGCUACAAUACUAUGCUUUUGAUGUCAUCGGAGAAUUGACAUUCAGUAAGCCACUUGGGUUCCUCCAGAGAGGGGGUGAUAUCGACGGAAUCAUCGUCGCAUUGGAGCAUAUGCUCGACUAUUCCGGAAAGAUUGGACAGAUGCCGUGGCUUGACUACCUUUUCAUCAAGAACCCUCUCAAGAGCUUAUUCGGAGGGGGUUCGACCGGAGCUGUCGCUCGCUUUGCUCGCGCAAGACUAGACGAACGACUGAACCAGAACCAGAAAAGCACAUCACCAGUGGCCAACAAGAAAAAAGAUUUUCUCGAUCGUUUCUUGGAAGCGAAAAAUGAGCACCCGAACAUUGUGAAUGACAACCAAGUCUUCUCAUAUACGAUCAGCAAUAUGAAUGCUGGCUCCGACACAACGGCGAUUUCCCUCCGAGCAAUACUUUAUUACACCCUCAAGGACCCGCGAGCGAGUAUGAAACUACACCAAGAGCUCACCAUCGCCUUGGAAGAAAGUCGGAUCUCUUUACCCGUCUCAUGGAAGCAAAGCCAAGAGCAACUCCCUUACCUCGAUGCAGUGAUUAAAGAAGCACUACGUCUUCACCCAGCCGUAGGAUUGAUGCUGGAGCGGGUCGUGCCUGCCGAGGGACUCCAGCUUCCUGGCAGUGGUCCAUUUCUGCCAGCUGGGACGAUAGUUGGUGCCAAUCCGUGGAUAAUACAUCGGAGCCACGUCUUUGGGGAGAAUGCGGAGUCAUUUGUUCCGGAACGGUGGCUCAAAAUGGGUACUGAGUCUGAGAUGAGUUUCCAGGACAGAAGGCAGAAGAUGCUUCGUGCGACAUUUACUUUUGGGGCCGGGCCGAGGACUUGCAUUGGCAAGAAUAUCAGUUUACUUGAGAUUUAUAAGCUGAUUCCGUCGUUAUUUCUGAGAUACAAGAUUAAAUUCGAUGAUCCUAGUGCUGAAUGGGAGACUGUUAAUGCGUGGUUUGUGAGGCAAAAGAACAUGGACGUGAGGUUGACAUAUAACAAGGAAGGCUAG